AUGAGUACUGCUACUGAAUUAGCAUCUACAGGGGAACUUAAAAAUAGAUCUCAAAAUAAUGAUAAGAACAAAACUAAUGAGGAUUCUGCAUCGUCAGUAGUUCAAACUGCUGAAGAUUUAUUAGUGGAAAAACUAGAUCUUUUCAUUUCAUCGAUAGAAUCAAGAUUAGAUAACUUUGAACGAUUUUUUAAACUUGAUAAGAAAGCAAGAAAGGAACAACAACAACAAAAAGGUACCAUUAAUGGUGGUGGUAGUGGUGGAGGAAGACCAUUAGGACGAUCAAGAAGAUCUUCUUCAACUUCAAGUAUACAACUGUUUCGAGAUUUUUCCAUAAAUAAUUUGAAUAUGGUUUAUGAACGAUUAAGAUUAAUUAAAAAAUCAGUAUUAUCUAAUUCAUUUAAUAAUUUAGAAUAUUUAUCGAAAGUACUUGCUGAUCAAUAUAAUUAUCUAUUUUCCAGUUUGGCAAUCGAUAGUGAUAGUGAUAAUGAGGACGACGAAGACCUAAGUAUUGAUCAGUCUAAAGAAGGAUUACAGAAUAUGGGGAUUAGAUCUUUAAAUAAACGAGAAAUAUUAUCACAAAAAAUCAUCACCACAAUACAAUAUUUUGAUGAAAAAUUAAUUAAAAUUGAUGAUUUUAUUAAAGAAAAUAAACCUUCUGCCACUGAUGAUUAUACUCAUGAUAUUAUAUUUAGUAAACUUCGGUUUUUCAAUUUCAAUCGUGCUCUUCAAAAUGCCAAUAAUCGAUAUUUACAUUAUUAUGAAUUACCAUUAAUUUGGCGAGAAAAUAAAUAUAUUAUUAAUGGGUAUAGAUUUUCCCUUAGUCAUAUGCUGAUGUUUAAACUGAUUUUCCAUUUCAAUCAUAAUGAAUCAAUGAAUAUUUGGAGUCAUUUAAUUGGAUUAAUGAUUGUUCUUUAUAUAUGUAUCAAUCAUUUCCCUAAUACUGAUUUAUUCCAACAAACUACUUGGGGUGAUAAUUUAAUCAUGUAUGUGUUUUUAUUUGCAGCAAUUAAAUGCUUGGUGAAUUCUUCCUUGUGGCAUACAUUCUCAUGUUUUGCUCAUUAUCCUACCAGACAAACAUUUGCAUGUGUUGAUUACACUGGUAUCACCGUAUUAAUUACUUGUUCAAUCAUUAGUGUUGAAUAUUGUAGUUUAUAUAAUUAUCCCAAAUUAUUAAUGGGGUACGUUGGAUUUUCUACAUUAUGUGGAUUAGCAGGAUUUGUUUUCAAUUGGUCAUCCUAUUUUGAUAAACCUGAAUGUCGAUCAAUUAGAAUUGGGUUUUUCCUUGGAUUAUCAUUUUCUGGGGCAACAGCCAUGAUUUGUAAAUCUUACUAUGAAGGAAUUAUGGCCACUUUAUCAUUUUCUGCUCCGCUUGUUUAUAAAAGUUUUAUAUGGUAUUUAAUUGGAGUAGGGUUUUAUGGUGGAUUAAUACCAGAAAGAUGGAGAUAUGAUGUUAUAAUUGAAGAAAAUCAUCUUAAUAAUCGUCAUACUUAUAAACCAACUGAUGUCAUAUUGGAAAAAAUGGGUCAUGAUGGUGAAGAUGAAAUGGAAGAAAUCGAAGAAGAAUUUGAAGAAAUUGUUGAUCAACAUAUAUCAGAAUGUAACGACACUACUACAAGUAAUACCCCAAAUCAUGAUAUUUUCGAUCAUGAUCAAAAAUUUGCUGAAUUGAUUGCCAAACAUUUUAAACAAAAUCCUAUUAAAACCCCUUAUAGUAAUAAUUUCUUAUCACUUUGGUGGGUUGAUUAUUUUUUAGCAAGUCAUAAUAUUUGGCAUAUUUGUGUUGUUUUAGGUAUUUUAGGUCAUUAUGUUUGUCUUUUAGAUAUGUUUAGAGGUUUGGAAAAAUUGGUAUAA